ACAAUAUCCCUCCUAAAGUCGGGCACUCAAGGCAUUAGCAAUUGCCAAGUUGAGUGAAGGCCCGCGAAUCGGAGGCGGAUAGAAGCACGUCAUCCAACUACUAAUACCUUAAACGGUAGACUAAUUCCUGCUACCGCUAGUUAAAGCCUUAUUAGGUACAAUAUUAGGUACUACCUAGGUAGGUAUAGAGUAUACCUGUUCCAAAGCCUUGGAUAAAGUUAAAUGAGAACGGGGGACUUUUAUGAGAGCUUAAUUAUUACUUAUUUCUUUAAAGUUUACCUAUUCCCAGAAUCAUCGGUCCUAUUUAUUUAUAUUUUGUUUUGUUCAUUAUACCUCAGGUAACAAAUACCGUUGGCCUUUUCGUUGCGAGGAGUUAUUGCUGGAAAGAAUAGGAAUCGAGAUGGCGACCAACAUCACCUGGCACCCCUCCCUCUCCCGCCGGGAGCGCUUCGCCCUCCGGGGCCAGCGCGGAUUCACGCUGUGGUUCACGGGGCUCAGCGCGUCGGGCAAGUCGACGGUGGCGACGGCGCUCGAGCAGCACCUGCUGCACCUGGGGGUGGCGGCGUACCGGCUGGACGGGGACAACGUGCGGUUCGGGCUCAACCGGGACCUGGGCUUCAGCGAGGCCCACCGCCAGGAGAACAUCCGCCGCAUCGGCGAGGUCGCCAAGCUGUUCGCCGACAGCGCCCAGGUCGCCAUCACCUCCUUCAUCUCCCCCUUCCGCGCCGACCGCCAGCUCGCCCGCGACCUGCACGCCGCCUCCGCCCACGGCGCCGACGAUCCCCUCCCAUUCGUCGAGGUCUACGUCGACGUCCCCAUCGAGGUCGCCGAGCAGCGGGAUCCCAAGGGCCUGUAUAAGAAGGCGCGCGCCGGCGAGAUCAAGGAAUUCACCGGGAUAAGCAGCCCCUACGAGGCCCCCGAGAACCCCGAGAUCAUCAUCCGCACCCACGAGAACUCCGUCGAGGAGUGCGUCGCCCAGAUCGUCCAGUGGCUCGAGGAGAAGGACUUGAUUCCGACGAAGACGGCUACCGCCGCUACGGCUGCCGAUGCCGCGGGGAGUGCCGCUCUUGCUUCGUGAGGAGCGCACGUUUCGGAUUGGUAGGGAAAUAAAGGAAAAUAAAAAAAAGAAUUAGGGGGAGGGAGGGGGAUGUGAGCUACAGUCUAUCACCGGCGUCGGAACCCAAGUCGCCAUUGGAAAAUAGAGAGCGAAGCGAGAAAACAGUAAAUUUCAGCAGUAGACAAGAAACACUCCCAAGAAAUGCACAUAGAAAUAUCCUAUU